AUCCUUCCAACGACCACGAUCCCGACGGUGACUCUGCAAGUGGAAUGCCAUAGAUAUGUACCAGUCACCCAAAUAAGAAGAUCAAAUCGAUGGGUUCUAAGAGAUCAUUUGCCAACCUGGAUGAUGACAUCUUGAUCGCCGUCUUCGGUUUCCUGGAUUUACAUUCAAUCCUUGCAUUGCGACAGACAAGCAAACGGUUCCAGGCGAUCUCACAGCUUGCAGUCGUCUGGCGGUGCGCGUUCACAACCCAAGUUGUUGCUCGUGGAUAUCCAUACCCACUAGAAGCCCUCUCUCCAUCCAUUGAUGCACAGACGCUUGAGAAAAUAACACGGCGCUCGUGUCGUAUUGCUAGGUUCUGGCUAGACCCCUCCACUCAGCCGUGCUCGCAUCAAGAGUUUCGUAUGAAGACAUCUACAGGGAUUUACGAAAUUCGGAUUCUACCUGAAGAGGAACAUGAACAUUGGGGAAGGAAGCGAUUUCUCACUAUAUCAAAGGGAAUAUGGUCAGAAAUCUCAUGCUGGGAGGUUGGAGAGGGCCUGAUGCCGUUGCACAAGAUCGCUGAGUGGUGUCCGAGGGGAGCUAUUUUUACUGGUAUCGCGGUGAACUCCAACCCACAUUCUGAGGGUACAGUUGCGGUGUCGCUCAGCAACGGAGGCGAUCAGACGAUACAAGUCCUCUCCCUUCGGGUAAAGGGUGACGUAGUCGGGUUUGAAGUUAUCAAAAGUUUCCAGACAAGCUAUAAGCCUGUCUACAUGGAAGGCGACAUCCUCGUCUUCAGCGAUGACGCUGUGGAGACCUAUGUUGCAGAUUGGCGCACGGGCGAAGCUGCUGUCUUAAUUGGUUCUCAAGCCUCAACAGAACACAACUUUCAGUACAACAAAUGUCUGAAGGUCAUCUUCGCAUACGAGAGUGUCCUGGUUGUUCGAGCACGCUCCAUAGAGCUAUUCCCCGUCCCAACAUUGAAGCCUUCUACUGAGGAUGUACCUGUGUACAAUUCCCUAGCCAGUCAUUCAUUCGGUUGGAUGGAUGGUGUUGCAAUAUAUCCGCAACACCAAGUUUCAUCAAAAGAUGCCCGGAAUUCAGCCUCGAUCUGCAUUGUCGUACGCUCAGAAAAUGACGAUCCUUGGUCCUCCGACAUUCAUACGGUUCAUUUGUACCACCUCGAGGUCAAUGCUUCAUACGUUUCUUCCAGAAGAGCCUCUCCAGAGCUCAAGUCUAUCAACUUGGAAAUGCCAAUGAACGGUGAUUCGAAUUCAGCGGAAUCUUCCCCGUCCCCUCCAAUGGAGUCACCACCUCUUGCGCCCUAUGAUUUCCCACCAACUCAUUUGACUUCCUUCCCAUCCAUACGCGGCCGCCUUCGAUGCACGGAUAUCCUUUCUGGUGACCACGGCACAGCCAUUUGGAUUCAACCUCGUCCUGCACACGACGUCAGCCUUACAACGUUCGACGUCCAUUCGUCUGAAGCUCAGGUUCCGUAUAGGGUUCCUGUAAGCAAUGCGAGAGAAACGUUGCUUGGAGCGGUGUUUCCGGGUGUUCUGUUGAGCAGUAACGGGGAGUCAAAGGGGAACGGAGUGAGGAUCAUUGCCGAAAGGGAGAGGGAUAGUGACGCGAAUUGGACCGCGAUGGAUUAUGACGAAAUUAGGGGUUUAGUCGUUUUGGGAUCCAGCGAUGGACGCAUCACGCUGCUUGGGUUGUGAUGGCUUGUCCAUGUGUGUUAUCUCACUGCUUGUGGGCUCACAAAUCAGAAUUCCGGUUAGCUACAAGUGUCACUACCUCGAACUUCAAGUCGCCUGAAUUUUACCAUAUGACAUGCAUUAGUGGCCCAUCCAGACAAAUAUUCAGGGUCAGAAUACAGCCUUUACGGAGGAAUGGUUGUCUUCCGAGAGUAUACUAGAGGCUGGAAGCGAGCCUAAUAUUUUAUGUGGAAUCGGGUUUGAAAGAACGAAAAUCUAAUUGGACUGUUGGUG